CGCAGUGUGCCGGGCGUAACGGCGUUCAGGCAGAGCAGCCUCUGUGAAGAGCGUAGCCGUGGCCAUGAAGGAAGAGAAGGAGUACAGGCCGAAGGAGAAGCGAGUAACCCUGCUGACGCCCCCGGGGGCCACAGGCAGCUGCGGUGGAGCUUCAGGGGACAGCGCCAAGGGGGAAGACAAGUUGGAUCGCAAUAAGGAGAAGAAAGAGGCAUUGAGCAAGGUGGUGAUUCGGAGAUUACCUCCCACUUUGACCAAGGAGCAGCUUCAGGAACAUCUUCAACCUAUGCCGGAGCAUGAUUAUUUUGAGUUUUUUUCUAAUGAUACUAGUCUGUAUCCUCAUAUGUAUGCCAGAGCAUACAUCAACUUUAAAAACCAAGAGGACAUUAUUUUGUUCAGGGAUCGCUUUGAUGGUUAUGUAUUCCUUGACAAUAAAGGUCAAGAAUAUCCUGCGAUAGUAGAAUUUGCCCCUUUUCAAAAAGCUGCAAAAAAGAAGACUAAGAAAAGAGAUACCAAAGUUGGGACUAUUGAUGAUGAUCCAGAGUAUAGAAAGUUUUUGGAAAGUUAUGCUGCAGAUAAUGAGAAAAUGACAUCUACUCCAGAGACAUUGCUAGAGGAAAUAGAAGCAAAAAAUAGAGAAUUAAUAGCUAAAAAGACAACCCCACUUUUGAGCUUCCUGAAAAACAAGCAGAGAAUGAGAGAAGAAAAGAGAGAAGAAAGAAGGAGGCGAGAAAUAGAAAGGAAAAGACAAAGAGAAGAAGAGAGGAGAAAAUGGAAAGAAGAGGAGAAACGAAAAAGAAAAGAUAUAGAAAAGCUAAAGAAGAUAGACAGAGUUCCAGAAAGGGACAAAUUAAAAGAUGAACCAAAGAUUAAGGUACACAGGUUUCUGUUACAAGCUGUGAAUCAGAAAAAUCUGCUCAAGAAGCCAGAGAAAGGAGAUGAAAAAGAAUUGGACAAAAGAGAAAAAGCCAAGAAACUGGAAAAGGAGAAUCUGAAUGAUGAAAGAGCCAGUGGGCAAAGCUGUACAUUGGUCAAACGUUCUGAUGGCGAACUUAAAGAUGAAAAGCCAAAGAGACCUGAAGAUGAGAGUGGCAGAGACUACAGGGAGAGGGAAAGGGAUUAUGAACGAGAUCAAGAGCGCAUACUUCGGGAGAGGGAGAGACUGAAACGACAAGAAGAAGAGCGCUGGAGGCAGAAGGAGCGCUAUGAGAAAGAGAAGGCUUUUAAAAGAAAAGAGGAAGAAAUGAAAAAAGAAAGAGAAGCACUUAGGGAUAAAGGAAAGAAGAACGAAAGUACAGAAUCGAUAGGCAACUCAGAAAAAAUUGAAAAGAAAGAGGAAGUGGUUAAGAGAGAUCGCAUAAGAAACAAGGAUCGUCCAGCAAUGCAACUUUACCAACCAGGAGCUCGAAGCCGAAAUCGACUCUGUCCCCCGGAUGACAGCACCAAAUCUGCAGAUCCGGCAAUAGAGAAGAAGCAGGAAAGUGGUAUUAGCCAUAGAAAAGAAGGCGGAGAGGAGUGAUAAGUCUAAAUGGCCUUAGGUGUCCUGACUGUCUAGGCAGCCAAAGAGCACUAUUAAGCAAUCCAGAAGUGCCUUCAGGGCAAAAGGAUAGAAAGAAGGGGGUCGCUGUGCUGGUGAGGUUCAUUGCAGAGGAGUUGGUUUUGCAUCAAAGCAGGAAUCUGAUGGCAGGUUCAGAAUUUGAAGUACAAUUUCAUUGUUUAUGUAGUUUCUACAAAUUAAUUUUAAGAAAAAGAUGAGGGAGGUGAUACACAUUGCCAUUGCAGACUAGAAAUGUCAAGUGAGGACUUAGGUAUGGCACGAGAGCAAAUAAGAGAACUGGAUCUAAAAUCAAAAAAUCUUGUUAAUCCCAGAUUGAAUUUUCUUAAUUUGAGUGGAGCAGAGGCAGUUUGAAGUCUUGUUCAGAUUUAGUUAGGUUGCAUUGUUGGUGGUAGACUGUUGAGUUUGUGUAGUGUAGAAGCAACAAGCAUGUGAAUGUAGUAUAAGUACAGUAAAGGAUAUAACAAAUUUUUGCUGAUGCAUAAAUUUAAAUAGACAUGUUACAUCUGUAUCCUAUGUCCUAAAGUUUUAGAAUUAGUUUUGGGUUUUUUUGUUUGCUUAUAUGAGCUUAGCAUAAAGAAUAUUUUGAAAUGUCUCAUUUGCCUUUAGCAUUUUUAUAUUAAUAGGUAAAAUUUAGCCAUUGUUUGAUUCUUGACAAUCCAGUCUUUAUUUUACCUUAGGUCUCAUGAUCUGAGUCUAUACCCUCUUCGGGAAGGAAACGUCACCAAUAUUUGUUCCUAUUAAAUAACAACUUUUAGUCUUGCUUGAUUUGUAAUUGAUAUCAAUAAACAUCAGCAUUCAA